AUAAAACCAACACCGAUCGGUCAUCCGUUCAUCAUAGUACCUUGCAGUAGUAGCGAACCGUAGUAAGCAACGACGACGAUGAAGCAAAGUGUGAAGCUGAUCUUGUUGGCAGUUCUAUUCUGCGCAUAUUGUACCCAGGCGCAGGAUGAGGAGGCCGCCGAUCCAGGGAGUGAUGAGAUCUUCGGAAAUGGAACCAACCCGGCAGACAAUCAUAGAGCAGGUCGUAUGAUCAAAGGAUCUUUAGCUUCAAUUGCAGCCUAUCCGUACGUAGUAACGGUAAUCCUAACUGACAGCACUGGUGCACCAUCAUAUAGCGCCGGUGUUAUAAUAAGCAGCACCCGCGUUCUCACCGCUGCAUCCACCUUUAUGUAUACUCCAGCAGGGAGCAAGAUCACUAUUCGCGCAGGGAGCAAUUAUCAAACCAAGGAGGGAACAGUUUUUGAAAUUCAAAGCUUUGUAACCCACAGCCAGUUCAACCCUUCGAACUAUGCCAACAAUGUUGCUAUUAUAACCAUUAAUGGCACCUUCGAUGGGGUUCCGAAUGUGCAACCCAUUGCCGUAGCUACCACUCCGCUUGAUCCAUCGUCACCGAAUCUCCCAAGCUGCUUUUUACUUGGAUGGGGUAUGACCGAGUCUUAUGCGACCUCGGUAAAUCUGAAGCAAGCCGAAUACAAACUCAUUACAGAUGCAGCAUGUGCGUCGACAUACAAAAACCUAGUUGCUUCAACACAAUGCGCUCAAUCGGUCACAGGUUUCGGAUGCAGCGGUGACGGUGGCAGUCCUUUGGUGUGUGACAACCGUUUGUAUGGUACAUUUAUAUUCGAUUCAUGCGUUCUCAUCGACGAUCAAGCGGUUAAUAAGUUUACAAAGCUACCAGCGGCCAGCAUCCAAUCGUUCCUGUCAGCAAACCUGCCGGUAAUGAGCAGCCCAGCUACGCAGCCCAGGAAAAAUUACGUAUCGUGUCCCUGAAAAAUGUGCUAAAGAAAAAAGGAUGCCCAAGUCUCCUAACACACAGUGAGGGCACCUUGUAGCUACAUUCAAUAGCACAUGGUGAUGGAGGUUGAACAGCUGAAUAAACACGGGCAGAUAAGCGAA